AUGGCUAUCUCUGACGACUACCAUGGUCAACCAGACUCCGACGAGGACACAUUGGCUUUAUCCUGUGCUGCCCAAAUCAUGAAUUCGGAUGCACGACACAUCUUUUGCUAUGGGGUUACGUUCGAUGGUCCAGAGGUCACUAUGUGGCGUUUUACCAGGUCCAUCUCCUUGAAGUCGACACCCUUCGAUAUGACUCAGCGCCCUGACCUCCUCAUCCGAUUGCUUACGUCGCUCUUGUACUCACCCGCGAGUGACCUGGGGCACGAUCCUCUCAUCACCCUACUUCCCGAUUUCAACUAUGUCUACGAGAUUCCCUCCGCUAGCUGUACUGGAUCCCUCUACUACAAAACCGUCGCGCCGAUCAGUGACUCGGCUCCCCGUCUCGUCUCUGGUCGCCGCUUGCGUAUCUGGGAGGUUCAGCAGGUGGAAUCUGCCUCGAACCCUGUCCCCAUCCCUGGAAAGUCCAAUCGAGUGUUGAAGGAUGUCUUCCUGGAUCACACCAUGCGUACCGAGGCAGAUAUCCAGGAGGAGCUCUUCGAGGACAUCACAAAGCUCGCGGAGGAUGUGAACUGGCGCUCUCGGCCCCUUCUCCAGUGUUGCGAAGAGCGAACACUAAACCAAACCAAAGACCAGAGAUUAACGGGGGACGGUGAUUCGGCGUUUAGCUUGAGGGAAUUGAUGUAA